AAAGAAAAAAUUUCUCUUUAUUAUGUUGCUUCACUGUGCGCUGAUUCUUUUCAUCUGAAAUUAUUCCUUUUUGGUAUUGCCAUCUGACUUCAAGCCUCUUUGCACUGGCUGUGGAUACAGAGCAGUAUUCAGCAAGGCGAGGAUGUGUUUGGCCUUUGCCGUGGCAUCGCGAAGGGCAUUGGCGUGGCUGGAUGACACUGCUUUAGAGAGCAUUUUGCUGUCAUUUCCUGACCCCUUUACUCAAUUAUUAUCUAAAAUACAGAAGGGCUAAAAAAUAAAACAUAAAUAGUUAAUUUUUCCUUCUCUUCAGCCUGGGAAUUCAGAUCCAAACUUAGGCUGGAAAAUCAGAAGAAAAUUCAAAGAUACUCCACUUUCUUGACAACUAUAGCCGCUACCUGAACACAGAGGUUCCCUGCAGAUCUAUGAACAAGGACUUCCAGAAACUGAAAAAGAUGAAGAAAACCGUGGAAGACCUUCUCAUGCCUGCCAUGCCUGCCUAGUUCAUCAGCUUCCUUCCAAAAGAUCCCGAUGUCUGGCAGCGUGCGAGUCUACCCCUUUGACAGACGAAGGUAGUUGCCCUGGAGGGACAUGCAGAAAAUGAGCUGGGGCCACUGCAGCUUUCGGGAGGCCGGAGAGCUCCACACACAUUUACCGACAAAGAGAGGAGGCUCAGAGGAUCCCCUGCUGACUUGAGAGGCAGCGAGCAGAGGCGCGCCGGCAGCUGGCGGAGCAGCUCGCAGCCCCGCGCCCAGAAGGGCUCCGGAGCCAUGAGCAGCGCCGUGGUACUCGCCCACCUCCCAGACCCCAGCAGCAGCUUCAGGGAAGACGCCCCUCGCCCCCCGGUGCCGGGGGAAGAAGGAGAGACACCAUGCCCGCAGCCCUCCAGCUCGUUUCUCCUGAAAAGCCAAAGCUUCAAGGCCAUGCCGGUGCCUCCUGCCCCGAGGAGGAAUGAGAACGGACUCGGGGAGCCGGAGGGUAGUGCGUCUCCAGACUCCCCUCUGGCCAGAUGGACCAAAUCCUUGCAUUCCUUGUUGGGAGAUCAAGAUGGUGCCUAUCUUUUUCGGACCUUCCUGGAAAGGGAAAAAUGUGUGGAUACCUUAGACUUCUGGUUUGCCUGCAAUGGCUUCAGGCAGAUGGACCUUAAGGAUACCAAAACUUUAAGAGUAGCCAAAGCUAUAUACAAAAGGUACAUUGAGAACAACAGCAUUGUCUCCAAGCAGCUCAAGCCUGCGACCAAGACCUACAUAAGGGAUAGCAUCAAGAAGCAGCAGAUAGAUUCUAUAAUGUUUGACCAGGCACAGACUGAGAUUCAGACUGUGAUGGAGGAAAAUGCUUACCAGAUGUUUCUAACUUCUGAUAUAUACCUCGAAUAUGUAAGGAGUGGAGGAGAGAAUCCUGCUUACAUCAACAGCAACGGACUGGGGAGCUUAAAAGUUGUCUGUGGCUAUCUCCCAACCUUGAAUGAAGAAGAGGAAUGGAGCUGUGCGGACUUUAAGAACAAAAUUUUGCCUUCAGUGGUUGGACUAUCUAGCAAGACGUUGAGGGUUACAGCAAAUGUCAGAGCCACGGAAACGAUUGAGAAUGGAUACAGGUCCUUCAAGAGGAACGAUCCUGUUAACCCAUACCAUGUGAACUCUGGCUAUGUUUUUGCCCCAGCAACUAGCGCAAACGAUAGCGAAAUAUCUAGCGAUGCCCUGACUGACGAUUCCAUGUCGAUGACGGACAGCAGUGUGGAUGGGAUCCCUCCGUACAGACUCGGGAGCAAGAAGCAGCUCCAGAGGGAGAUGCAUCGGAGCGUUAAGGCCAACGGUCAAGUUUCUCUACCUCAUUUUCCGAGAACCCACCGUCUCCCCAAGGAGAUGACCCCGGUGGAGCCGGCCACCUUCGCUGCCGAACUCAUUUCCCGGCUGGAAAAGCUGAAACAGCAGCAAGAAAGCAUGGACAGCCUGGAGGAGAGGCUGCAGCAAAUCAAAGAGGAUGAAGAGAAGGAGGGACCGGAGCUGCUGGCCAGCGUGCAGGCCGGUCGGGAGGUGAUGAACCCUCAGCACCAGCAGCACCCGCUUUCGCUCCUGCCCGCCGGCAGCUACGAGGAGGACCCGCAAGCCAUCCUGGACGAACACCUCUCCCUCCAGGACGGGCACGCUGGCCAAGCGGAGCAGCAGAGGAGUGGAGAGCGUGGCCCUGCCGGCCGCAGCUGUCUACAGCAAUAUUGCUCCCGCACACAAAGCACAAAGAAGGCCUACAGCUCCGACUUCGCCAAAGGGGCCCCCAGUGAGCGCCCCAGCCGCCACCACCUAUGGGGGACCAGCAGCCACCCGCGCGGGGUGCAGCCAGCCCACCCCUUCGUCCAGGACCCGGCCAUGCCUCCGCUCACCCCUCCCAACACCCUCGCGCAGCUGGAGGAAGCCUGUCGCCGGCUAGCAGAAGUCUCCAAGCCUCAGAAACAACGAUGUUCAACCUCAAAUCAGCAGAGGGAUCGAAACCACUCCACUGCUGUUCAGGGGGGAAACACCCCUUUUUGCAAUGCAAGUCUAACAACAGAAGAUCACAAAGAGCCAAAGAAACUCCCAGCUGUUCACACCUCUCAGUCUAGUGAGUUGGUUGUCACGUAUUUUUUUUGUGGAGAAGAAAUUCCCUACCGGAGGAUGUUAAAGGCCCAGAGCCUGACACUUGGGCACUUUAAAGAACAGCUGAGCAAAAAGGGAAAUUAUAGAUACUACUUCAAAAAAGCAAGUGACGAGUUUGACUGUGGCGCAGUGUUUGAAGAAGUUUGGGAAGACGAAACGGUCCUGCCCAUGUACGAAGGAAGGAUUCUCGGGAAAGUAGAACGGAUCGAUUGAUGGCGUCGGUGUUAUUUAAGAAAAUUUAAGCUAGAAAAAAGUCUGUGGACACACAGCAGUAGUGAUAAUAAUAAUAAAAAAAAAACAACUCUGAAGGAAAGUUUUGAACCAAUGAAGAAAAAAAAAACAAAAACCACCCAGUGAAGUCUAUGAAGACUUUGCUGAAUUAGCCUUAGAGGAGGGGGG